CAGGUAAAAGGAGGCGCUGCCACGUGUCAAACUUCGCGCCGAGCAAGGCUGCUGUCUUGGCCUUUCCAGCCGCCAGACCUGUCGCGAGCUUCCGCUUAUCCCACGCAAGCAAGCAAGCUUGGAACAGGGAUACGUGGAAUGCAGCUAGAAUGAAGCCGUGGCGCGGGACGCUUGAGAGCCCGCCUCGGCAUGGCGUGGCGUGGUGUCGCUGGGAGCUGGAAGAAAGCUGGACUCGACGAAAGCUGGGCCCCGCCGCUCGUCACUCGCAUGCCGACGCGAGUAAAGCUGGAAGCUGGACGGCGAGAAAGCGGCCUCGUUCGCCCCGCAGAUGGGCGCUGGACGCUGGACGCCAGAUUGAGAGACCGACGUCGUCACACCCCCCGAAGUGUGGAGUGCUUCUGCUUGAAAUUCCUGCUUCGGCUCGCUACGUGCAGAGAUGCUGCGGGCUGCCGAGAGCACGCGGCGAUGACGAACUGCGACUGCGACGGGAGGUGCUGGCGGAAGGGGAAGCGGCCGUAGCGAGACCGAUCGCCACGGGAUUGGCAGCCAUAGCGGAGCGGAUCGCGGAAUCGUGACGAGAAAGGGAAAGGCGUCUGCCGCUGCAGCCGAGUCGGUUGAGAAAGAUAAAGGAUCGGUGGGGAGGGGUGGAGGAUUCGUGCAGCGAGGAGCUGCAGCGAGCGAGGGGGGAGAACGAGGCACUGGCGGAUCGAGCCCCGUCGGAAAGGCGAGUGGCGCGCGUGGCGGGAAGGCGCGUGGGGGGUUAAAGCGGGUUUCGGCGGAGAAGGGGCGGAUUCUCGGAGAGGAG